AUGAGUACUAGAAAGCUACAACAAGAGUUCGAUAAGACGAACAAAAAAAUUGCGGAAGGAUUAACUGUUUUCGAUGAUAUUUACGAUAAAUUGAUGACGACUGAAAUUAGUUCCCAGAAGGAAAAAUUGGAAAGUGACUUGAAGAAGGAAAUCAAGAAGUUGCAGAGACUGAGAGACCAAUUGAAAACAUGGAUUAGUGACACCAGUAUCAAGUUAGAUAAAAGUUUAAUACAAGACAACCGUACCAAAAUUGAACAUGCUAUGGACCAAUUCAAAGACUUGGAGAAGUCAUCUAAGAUCAAACAAUUCUCCAACGAAGGAUUGGAGUUGCAAAGCCAGAAGACAAAGUAUAACAAAUUCACGGACCCCGAAGACGCGAAGAAGCAAGAAGCUUGUAAUUACAUCGGCGACAUAAUUGAUCAGUUGAACCAGCAGAACGAGUCAUUGGAACUGGAGAUACAUCUGCUUGCCACUCAAUUGAAGAAAACCAAAUCGGCAAACUCGUAUAGCGUACAAUCGUCAAUUGAUGAUUGUAAGUAUAACGUGGAGAGGAAUAAUAAUCAUUUAAGUAAAUUGGAAAUGAUCUUGAGAAACAUAGAAAACGAGAACUUAGAUCCUGAACGUGUGGAUGAUAUUAAAGAUGAUUUGGAAUACUACGUUGAAACUAAUCAAGAAGAUGAUUAUGUCGAAUAUGACGAUUUCUAUGAUCAAUUAGAAAUGUCUGAAGAGAACGAUAUUCUUGGUUCUGGACAAGAUGCGAAUGAAGAUAAUGAAGAAAAUAAAGCAGAAGUGAAAGAAGGACCGAAGGAGGAACCUAAGGAUGGACCAAAAGAAGAACCUAAACCAGAAACAAAAACUGAAACUAAGCCAGAAGCCAAAACGGAAUCUAAACGUGAAACUAAGCCAGAAAUCAAAAGCGAGGCAAAGAGUGAACCUAAAUCGUCGAAUGAGUCGACUUCUGCUGCUAGUACUCUUGCGAGAAAAGGAAAGACUACAGUCGUACCAGCGGCAAACCCACCACCUCUUAAUACGGCUCAAUCAUACUCAAACAUUAUCAAGGCAUCCAUGUCAUCUCCAGCAGCUGCAAAAGUCCUUCCCCCAGGAUUAAACCAAGCAAAGUCAUCAACAUCAUCACCACAACGCACGCCACAGAAACUCCACCAAGCAGACGACAGCAAAAAGAGAGUAGUCUCUCAAACCCAACAUAUUCCAUCCACGCAGCCAGAAACUAGGUCUGAGACGCAACUGCCAAUUUUAAAUGUAAAUAAACCUAUCUUUGACACUGUAAACAGGCUAUCAACUUUGCCCCAAUCGAGGUUGCACAAUCCAUUACCAUUCCAAUCGAUUGUUCUGUUGUUAGAAUCAUCUUUACUCAACUGUCCAGACUCAUUUGACGCAGAGAAACCAAGACAAUACCACCCCACAAGCAUCCAUCCAUCGUCGGUGGACUACCCACAGGAGCCAAUGUAUGAGUUGAACUCGAGCCACAUAAUGAAGAAGUUUGACAACGAUACCCUUUUCUUUUGCUUUUACUACAGCGAGGGCAUCGAUAACCUAGCCAAGUGGAAUGCUGCACAGGAGUUGAGCAAACGAGGCUGGAUUUUCAACACUGACGUGAAGCAAUGGUUCUUAAAGGAUAAUAAGAACGGAGGUAAAAAUAGAUCUAUGUCUAUAAUACAAAAGGAAGAAGACGAACAAAACAAGCAAGACGAUUCUGCAAAUAAUGAAGAGAACUAUAAGUAUUUUGACUACGAGAAGACGUGGUUAACUAGAAGAAAGGAGAACUAUAAAUUUAGUCAAGAUUUCAGGGAGUCUUUUUAA